AUGCUAACGAAAAAUGAAGAAGUCAAUUGUGAGCUCGCUUUUUCGAAAGUUUUUAAACCUCGUCACUUCCUUUCAGCUCAACGGAGCCCCCGGAAGAGCAGAAGAUGUGAAGAACUUCAACUGGAUAAAACACAAAGAUCGGAAAGGUCCAGAAGAACAGCGUCACCGGAAUACCUUCUUGAUCGGAAGGAAAACGGAUCGGUGAAGAGCAAGAGAAGCCAAAGCAAAUUUGUGAUUCUGUCGAGCUACUCGACGAGGAGAGUCAAGUACAAAAGUGGGUGAAAUGUGCGAAUCAAGUUGGGGAUUGCUUGCAGAAAAUGAGCUCGACGAAGAGGCGGUGAACAUUGAUGCGGAUACGGUGAACAAUGAUAAAACAUUGCGGGAUGAGGACUGGUUUUUAGAUAAGAUUGAAAAGUGCAAGUGAGCUGCACCGAAGCGCUUCACCCACUGAGAACGAGACUUUUUAGGCAGAAGAGACUGCAAAGAAUCUGUGUGUGUCCUCUGACCCGUUGUUACAAAGUCACCGACACUGCCGACGCGUUCCGCGCCCACUGGAAACGCUUCAAACGGAUCGUGUUCGUCGCGUGCUGUCCUCCGUGCUGCUGCAUUGUUCCGAGAGUCAGUUCGAGAGAAUCCCUCGAUGAUGUUCUUUAAAUGUUGCAGGUGGCAUUCUGGCCUCCACCACGCGACUAUUACUUCUUCAAACCGCCCGUCGGAGACGUGCAAAUCGACGUGGAAACCGAGAGUGACGCUGUAAAAAUGAAGGCGAGAAAGAAGCGAUUGAAGAAAUUGAGGAGAGCGCGGAAGUGUGUGCUCGGCGAGAGAUAUCGGUUCGGACUGAACCAUCCGUGCGCCGACGAUGUCAAACACGUGGAGGGAUUCACACUGAAGACGGCCAAGAAGAAUGUAGGUCAAACGAUUGAUAGAUUCAGAUGAGAUGUCUUUACGAUUUUUUUGCUUUUUUGCAGAGAAUCGCCUGCGUGCACAUCGCCUGCCCGGAAGGCCGUCCUCGUUUCACUCUCCUGUACUCGCAUCCGAACGGCUCCGAUCUCUCGGAUCACCUGAUCGGCGUGCCAUCUCUGGUCGACGUGGCAAGGUUCUACAGAUGCGAAGUGUACAGUUACGACUACUCGGGAUACGGUAUCAGCGGUGGAACGCCAUCGGAGACGAACAUGUACGCGGACAUUCGCGCGAUCUAUGAUGUGAGAUCCCGUCCAUGGAAUGAAAUCAAUUGAGUUUUCAUUUAGUACAUCACAAUUGAGAAGCGCGUCGAUCCGAAGAGCCUAGUUCUUCUGGGAUUCUCGAUCGGGUCAGCUGCCACUGUAGAGCUGCUCCGUCACGAACAGGAACGGAAACCGGCGGGAGUCAUCCUGCAAGCCCCGCCAACUUCAAUCCUCAGAGUGAUCGGAGGUAUGCUCGGAAGGAAGAACCAUUUGGAUAAGCCCACGUGUUGCAUCGAUCGAUUUACCACAAUUGAUAAGGUGAUUGUGACUUAACUUUUCCCUUUUUAAACCUCUUCUCUGUCAGAUCCACGAAAUCCAAAUUCCGAUUCUUAUAAUCCAUGGAAAGGAAGACAGGAUGAUCCCGAUUGCGCACGGAGAGCUGCUGUGCGAGAGGGCCGUCACGAAAGUGGCUCCGGAAUGGAUUCCCGAAGCAGCUCAUGAUAACAUUGAGAACUGCAAAGAGGUGUGGCGGAGAAUUCGCAAGUUUGUCAAAAAGUGAGCUUCGCGUUCAGUACCGUACCAUGAUAAUGUUUGAGUCACUUCAGAGAGAUCAACUUGAAGCGAAGCGCGGAGGUUGAGAAGCAGAAAGAAAAGGAAAAAGACAAAAAUGUUUAG